AUUAAAAGGUUUUAUAGGGGGAAAUAUGAAAUUGUCCCUAAAAAUAAAUAAAUAUUCCUAACCUGAACGUGAAGCACUGGUUCGUCGUUUUAUUCUAGGGUUUCAGAAGACUACAGCGGCGGCAUUUGCAACAAACUCAUAAUCCAUGGCUAGAAUCAAAGUUCACGAGUUGAGGGAGAAAUCAAAAACUGAUUUGUUUGCUCAGUUGAAGGAUCUAAAAACUGAACUCGCACUCCUCCGUGUUGCUAAAGUCACCGGUGGUGCUCCUAACAAGCUCUCCAAAAUAAAAGUGGUGAGGACUUCUAUUGCACAGGUGUUGACUGUUAUUUCACAGACACAGAAGGCAAAGCUCAGGGAAGCUUACAAGAACAAGAAGUACUUGCCUCUUGAUUUGCGCCCUAAGAAGACCAGAGCCAUUCGUAGGCGUUUGACCAAACAUCAGGCGUCGUUGAAGACGGAACGAGAGAAGAAAAAGGAGAAGUACUUUCCAUUGAGGAAGUAUGCUAUUAAGGCUUAGUUAUAUCGAGUAUUAAGGGUCGUCUCACUUAAUUUUGAGCUUUUAUCUUUACACACUUUGAUGUUUUUGGUCUAAGUUCAUUCUGUAUCACUUGAUCUUCAUAUUGAAAUUACAUGUUUUUGUUUUACAUUU